AUGUAUCCAAUAAUAAGUCAAAAAGAUUUAACAUAUUCAUUUAAAGAUAUGUAUGUUCAUGCGAAUCCAGAUAAACGUCGGUCAAUGAUUGAUAUACUGUUUAUGGAAUCAUCACCAGCAGAUUUGUGUCAUUUGCCAUAUGAGCUUUUACAAAUAGUUCUUAAAUAUUUGGAUAUAGAAGAUAUAAUUAUAUUUCCAAUGGAAAAUAUCAUAUUUUUAAUAUUAAAAAAAAUAAUAUCUACCAGGUAUGCAAGCGGUGGAGAACUCUUUUUACAAAAAGGGAAACCUAAAUCAUUUCGUAUACUUUAUUUUCACAACAAAAUUACUACAUGUUCACUUUGUUCUCGUUUACAAGACAAUUAUCUUAUACUUUAUAGCCAUGCAACUAGUGAAAGUUCUAAUAAAGGAAUUACUUUAUAUCGUUUAGGGUCAAAUAUUACCCAAGAAGAUGCAAUAUAUAUUUCUACAAAAAAUGAAGGAAUGCUUAAUGUUUCUUUAGAUUCAUAUAUUCUUGCAGGUGUUAAUUAUUUUGGCGUAUUUUAUAUAUGGUCACUUGAAAGUUUGGAAUUAAUAAAUACAUUUAAAAUAGAAAGUUCUGAUAUUGCAUUCAUGAUAUGUUAUAAUGGCAAUAUCUGUAUCUAUACAUUUAGUCAUGUAUUAAGCGUAUGGAAUUUAAAAUUAAAAGAAUUCAUAUUUCGUAUAUCACUGAAGCAAAUUAACUCGAAUUUAUCAAAUAAACACAAUGUCAUAGCUAUAGAGUUUUUGGAAAGAAAUAACGAAUUAGUUUUAUGUAUUGAAAAUACAACAAAAAAUAACGAGGUUUCUUAUUAUGAGUAUAGAAUCUAUAUUUUUUCAGCUGAUCAUGGACAUUUAUUGCGACAUGAAAAUUUGAUAAAUAAAUAUCAUCCAUUUAAACUUAAUAUUAUUAAAAAAGAUGAAUUAAUAAUUUUUUAUCAGUUUAACAAUGACCAUUAUUGGAAAAUAGAUCUAAGAACGAUGAAAAUUACUUCAUGUUUAUCUCAUAAAAAUCAUAUUCAAGAACUUGAAUGUCUUAUUUAUCCUCGAAACUCAUUGAUCAUUAAGUAUUUAAAAUCAGCAAAUAAUUCUUCAGAUGACGGUUUGUAUGUAGAAAAAAUUAAUUCUGAAAAUGGGGCUCUUAUAUCCAGAAACAAGAUUUUAGAAAGUGAAAAUAUUAUUUAUAAUCAACUACAUUAUUUAAAGAAUAAAUAUUUGUUACAAGGAAAUGAUAAUUGGAUUAUUUAUAAUCAACAAAACAAAAUCCUUUUGUGGGAAUUUUGA